AUGUCUUUAACAAUUGAUGAAUCAUUUGAAUAUCGCCACAAGAAAUUCGAUCAAGGCAAACGGCCCAGAGACGAGAGCUCUAAUAGUUCCCAGAGUGAGGAGGACGAAGAUCAGUUGUACAUUGAUGUGGAAACCGUGGAAGAGGAGGUAACCAAUACCUAUUACCCCACCAACGACUGGAACACCACCACAACUGCUUCAACCUUGUCAUCACCCUCACCUUACAAACGGCCAAGGACAGGCUCCUUUGCCAGCAGCACUACCUCCUACUCGGCCUUUUCACCCAUACCCCCACCAGCCGGCCUGGAACGCAAAACCUCCACACCCAUGAUGAUGGCAGCCAGUCCGCCAGCCCUUGAACCCACCGCCGCCAUUUUACCGAAAAUCAGCAACGAAACAUUGGCCAGCAUUUGUAAAUAUCAUGGCAAUAUGGUUAGGAAAUUUCCCAAAAAGCAGCGAACACCCAAGGAACAAGAGCGAAGGGAUAAAAACACCAUAGCCUGCCGCAUGAGUCGUCGUGUCAAAAAACUCGAACACAUUGCCAUUGAGGAGCAGUACAAGGAGUUCUCACAGCAAACCUUUGAAAUUAUUGAAAGGGCCAUGAGAUCGACGGCGUAUUUGCAUGAACUGAUGAAGCUGUCAAAUGCCAUUGGCGAGGGGGAGAUGAUGGGUGGCACAACAUUUUUUGAUGUUAAGAGGGAACAGAGUUCCGGCAGUACACCGGAAAAGAAACCCUUCUCCAUAGCAUAUCUGGUAGGGAAUGAAGAAGAGUAG